GACUGAAGGGGACCUACCAGGGCUUAACCGCAACAGUCCUCAAGCAAGGGUCGAACCAAGCUAUCCGCUUCUUCGUCAUGACCUCCCUCAAGAACUGGUACAAAGGGGAUGAUCCCAACAAGGUCAUCAACCCCUUCGUCACGGGGGUGUUUGGAGCCCUUGCUGGAGCUGCAAGCGUCUUUGGCAACACCCCCUUGGACGUGGUGAAGACCAGGAU